AUGUGGUUGAACUGUAAAUUGAUUCCCGGUAUCAAUAAUACAAUUGAAAGGCUUAUUCGAAAGAACAAGAAGUUUGGCCGUAUUUCGAAUAACUCAUCAGCCCUGAGAAAAACUUAUAUUGAACGGUUUAAAGCUAUUGGAAUUGAUCUGGUAACAGAGCUGAUAAUGUUCCCUACGUAUUAUGCUGCUGCGUCGUACCUCCAAAAUCAUUGCAAAUUUCCAUCCAAAUCUAGAGUAUGGGUAUUGGGUGAAAUUGGAAUCAGGGAAGAGUUGGAAAAUGCUGGUUACAUUGUUCUUGGAUGCGAGGAUCCCAAGUCGGAUGAAGCAUUUGAUGCGUGA